AUGACGCGUCUUUCGUUAUUUCUUCUUACGAUUGCUUUUAUUUUUGUUUACAAAAUAUCUUCGAUUGAUUGCAAAUCUCCAAUUAUUUUCAUUCCUGGAAGUUUUUGUAGUCUACUUGAAGUACGUAUUGAUACAACACUUCAGCCAGCUUGUUCAACGUCUUUACAUAAUCAAUGGAUUCUUCUUUGGUUAAAUCUACGUUUUUUUGAACCAAGCAAUUUAGCAUGUCUUCAUAAUAUUUUUAAAUUCGUUUAUAAUUCUUCAUCGAAUUCAUUUGAAAAUCCACUUGGUGUUGAAACACGUAUCGUACCGAAUUCAAUUUAUGGUUCGUUUCUUACUGGCAUUCUUUGGGAAUAUUUAGAAUUAGAUAAAUUUCUUUUUCAUUUUGUUACAAAAUAUGAUUAUCAAGAUGGUGUUAAUCUUCAUUCAAUACCUUAUGAUUUUCGACGAGGUUCAAACGCAACAUUACUGUCUUUUAAUGAAAAUUUAAAACAACUAAUUGAAUUAACAUAUGUGAGAAAUAUGAAUACAAGCGUUUAUUUAGUUAGUCAUAGUACAGGUGGUUCAAUGUCAUUGUUUUUUCUUUCACAACAAACACAAAUAUGGAAAGACCAAUAUAUUCAAGGAUGGAUUUCAUUAAGUGGAAAUAUAGCUGGUGAAGUCGAUAAUAUUCAAAAUUUAGUUCAAGGUUUUCUUUCACCUUUUGUACCACGUGAUGUUAUUCAAACAUGGGACUUUUUUGCUUGGCGAUUACCUGAACCAAUGAUUUAUGGUUCUCAACGAACAAUUAUUACAAGUCCAUCGAAAAAUUAUACAUCAUAUGAUAUGCUCGAUUUUUUACAUGACGUCAACGCUAAAGAACUUGCUUUCAUCUAUCCUGAAGUAUCAUCCAUAUUAGGAUAUUUACCAGCGCCGAAUGUAGAUACAUACUGUUUUUUUGGAGCUAAUGUUUCAACACCGAUUGGUUAUAUAUCGAAAUCAGAUGAAUUUAAAAAUAAUCAUUUAGAAGCUAUUUAUGGCUGGGGCGAUGGAGAACAGGAUGACACAACAAAUAUGUCAUGUCAAUUGUGGAAUAAAACAAUGGAUUUUAAAUAUAGAUUAAUUUUAAAAGGAUUUAAUGGUGUCAAACAUACAAAACUUGUAGGGAACGAUAAUGUACUUGAAGAGAUUGAUAAAAUUAUUUCUCUCUAA